AUGCCUUUAGGGAUCCUCGAGCCCAAGGCGAAGAAAGUUCCAGGCACGGCGAAUGUGUUGGAUCAAGAGUGGAAACGAGACCCGACGUUGAAGAGAGACAAGACUGGCAACAUCAUCCUCGUGCCGCAACCAAGUGAAGACCCAAAUGAUCCUCUGAACUGGCCGUUAUGGCAACGAGAUCUAAUGCUUUCGCUUCUCUGCAUCGUCGCUGCAAUCGCAACAACAGCAUCGCCGUUGGUUGCUGCUGACACAGUCGUCUUGGCCAUGGUCUUCAAAGUCAAGUUUCAGGAUGCUGCGCUACUUACUGCAUAUCAUCUCUGCGGCGUCGGUGCCGCUAGCUGGCUUUUUGUACCACUAGCCAGGGUAUGGGGUAAACGACAUGUCUUUCUGUUUGGAGCUCUUCUCAUGGUCGCUUCGUCUGCUUGGGCUGGCUCCACUCAGAAGAGCUUGAAUUAUAGAAGUCUCAUCUGGGCGAGAGUCUUUCAAGGCAUCGCACUCGCACCUUUUGAGUCUCUUGUCAACGAUGUCGUGGGCGAUCUGUUUUUCGUCCACGAAAGAGGCUUCCGCAUGGCAUUUACCAAUGUCUGUCUGUUUGGCGCUGCUUUUUUGACUCCAGUUUGUGUUGGCUUCAUAGCAUCCAACAGCUCUCUAGGCUGGCAAUGGUCAUUCUACUUCCUCUCAAUCUUCAUGGGCGCCGGUUGUAUUCUUCUCUUCCUCUUCCUUCCAGAAACAGCCUACCAACGACCGCGCUAUCUCCAAAUCGACAUUAACGUGGGUCCAGUGCCUUUCCACGACACCCCUCCCUUCCCGCCAAAACGUUCUUUCCUGCAUCGCCUUGCUCCUCUCAGUGGCCGCAAAACAGAUGAAAGCUUCUUGAAACUGCUGUUCCGACCUUUUCCGCUAUUCUUGCAACCAGCAGUGGCUUGGGGCUGUCUUAUGCAGGGCGUGAUAAUCGGCUGGACCGUCAUUGUGGGCGUGAUCCUGGCUUUGAUUUUUCUCGGCCCACCUCUCUUCUUCACCGAAGAGGACGCAGGAAAAAUGUACACUGCAGCUUCUAUCGGAUCGAUCCUUGGUCUGAUUCUCGCAGGCAUUUACACCGAGCUCGUUACUCGAUUCCUGAUCCUCCGCAAUGGAGGGCAAUACGAGCCAGAGUUUCGCAUCGCUCUGGUGAUACCCACACUUGUGUUCUCUGGUAUUGGACUCUACGGUUUCGGCAUUGCAGCGUCGGACAUCGAGAAAUAUGGCUGGAUAUCGAUCGAAAUCUUUCUCGCUUGCAUCACAAUUUCUAUGGUCAUGGGAGCUACAGCAUCUGCCCAAUACCUGCUUGAUGCCCAUCGCGAUAUUGCAAUCGAGACAUUUACCUGCUUGAUCAUAUCCAAGAAUCUUUUUUCGUUUGUGUUGGCUUAUUGUGCCUAUCAGUGGGUCUUAGAAAGGGGUUUCAAGAGGAUGUUUGUUACAUUCGGGAAUAUCGAGGUCGGAAUAUGUCUAUUGAGCAUCCCGAUGUAUGUGUUGGGAAAGAGAAACAGAGAGUUUUUCUAUCGUUAUGACAUACUCAGAUGGGUAAGGCUGCGAUAG